UUUUGAAAAGAAAACGGUAUAUUUCGGUAUACAUCUAAGGGUCAAACGGGAUAAUCUACAAAUCCGGACAAAACAAUAUGAACAGCGAACUGAAGACCAAAGUCGAAAGCUGUGCACACACAGCGGAGGAUUUCACGCGCCUCUACUACGCUUCCUUCGACAAUCGUCGCCAUCAAUUGGGGCGUCUGUACCUUGACAAUGCCGUCUUUAGCUGGAAUGGAAAUGGAGCUAAUGGACGUCAAAUGAUCGAACGCUAUUUUCUGGAGUUGCCUUCAUCAAGCCAUCAGAUGAACACCCUUGACGCCCAGCCGAUACUGGAUGCUGCAGUGGGAAAUCAGCUUACGUACUUAGUAAUGGCCAGCGGCACUGUCAAGUACCACGACCAGCCGAUGCGUAAUUUCCAGCAGUCGUUUAUUGUAACUGCCGAGGACGACAAGUGGAAGAUCGCCUCGGACUGCUAUCGCCUGCAGGAAGUGACCCUGUGAUCAAUGCAGGGGUUAUUAGUUCAUAAUGUCUUUUUACAAACACAAGCUAGACUAAAGAUGAAACAUGGAUAUUUUUAUUUA